UUAGUUAAAUAUUAAGUGGAAAAUGUUGAAGAAAUAUUGUUCACACUAUACAUUAUGCAAUUGUUAAUAACAUAAUAAUUAUCUAUAUUACACAUUUUAUCUUCCCCAGAUCGUGAUCGGGAAUUAUAUAUUAAUAAUCACUCAUCAGGUAUGGAAUCAGUCUGACCAUCUAUAGUGAUGAUUUUUCGAGACUACCGAAAAAUGUAAAAUUAUAAGAAACAAAUUUAAAAAUGUAUUUUUCAAUAUUUCAAGACGGGUGUUAUAAAUAAGUCGUUUAAAGUAUAAAUAUUUCAUACUCAUAAUUCUAAUACUCGUAAUGUACAGUAUUGAGAAAACGACGAGUUGAGUACCUACCUAACUGUUGGUACAUGUGACGCGAGGACGAUGGGCACACGGACACGGUGGACAUGUUAUUUUAUAUUCUUAGCGGAUCGAGAGAGCUGUCGGUUUUUACAAUGAUUAUUCGCGUUUGUUUUUUUUUGUAAACAUUUCACUCCGGGGAAGUAAAAAUAGUAGGUAGGUACAAAAUGUUUUAUGCAACACCACGCGUAGGUACGUAGGAAACAAAACACACGCUGCAGUGUUUAUAGUUUCUGGAAUUUCUAAGUACGGUUAAAAAAAUAAAUCGUCAAAACUGAUGGGAAAAGACGAAUAAAUGAAAGCAAUUGCCGCGGAUUGCCCAUAUUUAACCGAUAUAUGUCGCACGUUUUUGAGUAAGACUAGCGCACUGCUUGCAGGUAUAGUAAAAACGAUGAUAAUAUAAUGAAUUGUUGCAUUCAAAUCUGAAACAAUUAUAAACAACAUUAGUGUAUAUGCCAAUCAUUAUUUUAGAUCGAUUAGAAUAAUAAUUGUAGAGUCUAUGUAGUGCUUUAAUAGUUUGGAAAACUAUAAUAUGUUUUUUUUUGACCUUUCGUUUAUCCGAAAUUCGUAUGCAAACACUUCAUUUCAUCAUUAUCGUUUCAUCAUAAUAUUAUAAUCAGUUCGUUUCUUCUCUAGCGCAGGAUCUGUUUUUGUUUAAGACAUAUAAUAAUAUUAUGCAAUAACUGAAGAUAAUUUUAAUGCGUAUACGCGAUUUAGUUUUUUUUUUAAAGAAAACCGUGUGGAUAUUGUGUUCAUUAUUGGUCUUCACGGUGUAAAAUUAAUUAAUAUACAUCACCCGCCAUACAGUUGGAUUAAUAAUAAUAUGUGUAAUGAUUAGCCUAUUGGCACCAAUGUGUUAUUGAUAUAGAAUAAAGAUCUGUUGACAGAUCGAAGAGCAAUGGAGGAACUAAAAAAGGCGUUGAAACUCCAGGCGAGGCUAUACAACUCGGACACGGCCUUCGUCAGCAUAUCGACAUUGGACAUGGGUCGAAAGUAUCAAAUCACUGAUCUAUCCAAAGUCCAGUCGGCGUAUGGUUUGCGCAUAUUGGUCAGUCUCCAAGGAGAUCGGAGGAUAUUGAAAACAUACUUACCGAAAUCCAUCAAGUUGAGUGAUUCUUAUAUCGACGGUUUCAUCAAUCGGGACAGAAGGUCGGUUCUGUAUUUGAUUUACAAGGGUGUAAAAUCUAAUGGAGCGUAUAAAAUCGAUUUUGAAUGAUUCCGGUCCAUCGAGUUUAUUAAGAUUGUUUUGAAUUUUGUUAAUUUUUUUUUUUUGUGAAAAAUUAAAAUACACGAUGUAACAUAUUUUUUCAAUGUUCUAAAUACACUAUUGUAUAAUACUGAAUAUUAUAAUGUCGACGUAUAUAAGAUUAAUGUAUUAAUUAAUGUUUGUGUAUUGAUUAUACCUACUUCUCGUGCGGUGAAUAAUACAAUAUUGUAAUAAAUUACGAAAACUUUAAAUAGAAAGUUAAUUUUUUCUUGUU